UAUUUGUCAACAAGAUAAGAAAUAGUGUGGUCAAAACACACUCUCCAUAGGAAGCAAACAAAGUCAACGUCUACUCUCUAGUCAUCACAAACUCAUUGUCUAUAAACUUCCAUCAAACUUUAUGAACUGAAAAUUAAGUGAUCACUCAACAGUCAAAAUGCAUUCAAGAUUCAUCUUCAUCUUACCCCUCUUUUUCUUGUUAACCGGAUGUUAUUCUUCUGCAACUUCCGGCCACCAAUCAUUGUCCUCCAUCGUCUUUCUAGUCACCGGAAAUGUUUAUCCUACUGGGUACUAUUAUGUGACAGUGAACAUAGGGAAUCCACCGAAACCUUAUUGGUUGGACCUCGACACUGGCAGUGAUCUCACUUGGCUUCAGUGUGAUGCACCUUGCACCAAAUGCUUCCCGGCUCCUCACAAGCCUUAUAAGCCUAACAAAAACCUUGUGACAUGCAUGGACCCACUGUGUGCAUCUGUGCACUGGCCAGAAACACUCAACUGCGAGUCUCCGAAUGAUCAGUGUGACUACGAAGUUCAGUAUGCCGAUCACGGGUCGUCUCUCGGUCUUUUGGUCAAUGACAGGUUUCGGUUAAAAUACACCAAUGGAACUGUAGUCGAACCUCGUCUUGCAUUCGGAUGUGGUUACGAUCAAGAAGUUGAAGCCUCAAUGAACCCACCUUACACAGAUGGAGUCCUUGGUCUAGGGUUAGGCAAAGCAAGCAUCUUACGCCAAUUAAACGAACUCGGUGUGACAAAAAAUGUGGUGGCUCAUUGUCUUAGCGCGCAAGGAGACGGACAUUUGUUUUUCGGAGAUGAAUUUGUCCCUUCUUCAGGGGUCACCUGGAUACCCAUGUCAACAACCAAAAUAGAAAAACACUACUACUUAGGAGCCGCUGAGCUACUUGUUGGCGGAAAAACAAGUGGAAUAAAAGGUCUACCGAUAGUGUUUGAUAGCGGAAGUACCUACACAUACUUUAGUGCAAAAGCGUAUAACGCUCUCGUAUCGUUGCUUAUGAAUGACCUUAGAGGAAAGCAGAUUUACGAUGCAAAUGAAGAUAAAACUCUCCCAGUAUGUUGGAAAGGAUCAAAACCGUUCAAGUCGAUUCAAGACGUCAAAAACUUAUUCAACCCAAUAACUUUGAGCUUUGCAAAAUCAAAGAAUGUUCGGUUUCAGAUGGACCCCGAAGCAUACCUCAUCGUUAGUAAAUACGGUAACGCCUGCCUUGGGAUCUUGAAUGGUUCAGAAGUCGGCCUUGAAAGUGUUAAUCUAAUUGGAGACAUAUCGUUCCAUGACAAACUCAUCAUUUACGACAACGAUAAGCAACGGAUAGGAUGGGCUCCUGCAAACUGCAGCAAACUCCCAAACAUAAACAAUGGAGCUCCAGAACGUCGAGGACGUUGCAAGCCCGAUGAAUCCAACGUGGACAUUUUACAAGCCUAUUGUGCUGCAUAGUAACUUGAGAAAAGGUUGAUAAAUAAAAAGGUUCCAGACUCGGAUGAAAUAAUUGUUAUAUUGUGCGAGUAAAUACAUAAUAAUCAGUCGUUACAAGAUGUAACUUUUAGUAGUCACAAUGUACAUUCUGAGUACAUGGAAAUUUUGAAGAAAUAAAUACAUCUAUUACAAAAAGA